GGAAAGAUAUGAGGAGGAGGAAUCAUCACUCAUUAUUUUUCAUUUUUUCUCUCUCAAUCCAAAAAUGAAUAUCCAAAGCAUUAACAUUUUCAGGAGAUCACGUCAUUAGAUGACAGCCCUUUUGUUUUCUUGUGUUGUUGUCAAGUAAUUGAAUUGAAAUUUCAGAGAGAAGAAAGGAGGAUGAUGACAAUGGAGGGGGUGAUGGAUACGGCGGGGGGGGGUGAUAUCAUACAGCGGCUGUUAGACGGGAAAGGAGGGAAACAGGUGCAGCUUUCUGAGGCGGAGAUCCGCCAGCUCUGCGUCAACGCCCGUCAAAUCUUCCUCUCCGAGCCCAAUCUCCUCCAGAUUCGUGCCCCUAUUAGGAUCUGCGGUGAUAUACAUGGACAGUACCAGGACCUCUUGAGGCUCUUUGAGUAUGGUGGGUACCCCCCUUCAGCAAACUACCUAUUUCUAGGGGAUUAUGUCGAUAGAGGCAAGCAGAGUUUGGAAACAAUAUGCUUGCUAUUGGCUUACAAAAUAAGGUAUCCGGACAAAAUUUUCCUUUUGAGGGGUAACCAUGAAGAUGCCAAAAUCAACCGCAUUUAUGGAUUUUAUGAUGAAUGCAAGAGGAGAUUCAAUGUUCGACUCUGGAAGAUAUUCACCGACUGCUUUAAUUGUUUGCCUGUCUGUGCUCUCAUAGAUGAAAAGAUACUUUGCAUGCAUGGAGGACUUUCUCCAGAGUUAAAACAAUUGGAUCAGAUAAAAGAGCUCCCUAGGCCCACCGAGAUCCCAGAUAACGGUCUCCUAUGUGAUUUGCUUUGGUCUGAUCCUGAUCCUAGGAUACGGGGUUGGUCUGAUAGUGAUAGAGGCGUUUCGUGUGUUUUUGGGCCUGAUGCUGUUUCCGAAUUCUUGAAGAAAAAUGACUUGGACCUCAUUUGCCGCGGUCAUCAGGUGGUGGAGGACGGGUACGAGUUCUUUGCCAAAAGAAGACUUGUCACAAUAUUUUCAGCUCCAAAUUAUGGUGGAGAGUUUGACAAUGCAGGUGCUCUUUUGAGUGUUGAUGACUCACUAGUAUGUUCCUUUGAGAUAAUCAAACCUGUAGCAAGCGGAUCAAAGGUGCCCCUAAAAAAGCCCCCUAAGAUUGGAUCCUCCUGAUGCAUUGCAACUGUAUAUCAAAAUUUGUCACCGUGAGUAGAUGGAACGGAAAGCUUACGCCUCCAUGUUUUCUCUGUUCAUAGCUCUUUCAUGGAGAAAGUGUCUUUACUCGUACUUUAGCAAAUUUCAAAGCUUUAAAUCUUGAGGAAAGUUUAUCACAACAGAUUACCAAGAAGACGGGAUCUUAAGUUGGAGAAGAACUAAGCUGUAUUUCAUUUUCUUUUAAUAGGGGCCCCCUUACUCCUUAGUGUUGGGAAUUUAAGAACUUUUUGUUAUUUGGAUUUGGGUAGCUAGAACUUAUUGCAAAUGCUAAUGUGAUUUUUUUGUAUAUCUUUUCUGAUUAUGGUAUGGUUUUGGUAGCUGCUCAUUGAUGCAGCAAAGAUUGUGGCUGUAUUUACACAGUGGAUCUGGUGGUAUAUCGCUCAAUAGGAGACUAUUUUGCUUUUGUUGAUGAUAACAAUUUAAAGCCAGAGGUAUAAACUUCUUGUCGAAGGUUAA